GGCGGUCAGGCUGCGGCGGGGCCCGGGGGGCGCCCAAGAUGGCGGCGGGCGGCGCGGAGGGUGGCUCGGGCCCCGGCGCCGCCAUGGGGGACUGCGCGGAGAUCAAGUCGCAGUUCCGCACCCGCGAGGGCUUCUACAAGCUGCUCCCCGGCGACGGCGCGGCUCGCAGGUCCGGUCCUGCUUCUGCCCAGACCCCGGCGCCGCCCCAGCCGCCGCAGCCCCCGCCCGGCCCUCCCUCCGCCUCCGGCCCCGGCGCUGCGGGCCCAGCCUCGUCCCCACCGCCCGCAGGCCCUGGGCCCGGGCCCGCGCUGCCCGCCGUGCGCCUCAGCCUCGUGCGCCUUGGGGAGCCGGACAGCGCCGGGGCCGGGGAGCCACCCGCCACGCCCGCGGGGCUGGGCGCGGGGGGAGACCGCGUCUGCUUCAACUUGGGCCGGGAGCUCUAUUUCUACCCGGGCUGCUGUCGUCGCGGGAGCCAACGGUCCAUCGACCUCAACAAGCCAAUCGACAAGCGGAUCUACAAGGGCACCCAGCCCACCUGCCAUGACUUCAACCAGUUCACUGCUGCCACGGAGACCAUCUCCUUGCUGGUGGGCUUCUCGGCUGGCCAGGUGCAGUACCUGGAUCUCAUCAAGAAGGACACCAGCAAGCUAUUCAAUGAGGAGCGGCUGAUCGACAAGACCAAGGUGACGUAUCUGAAGUGGCUGCCUGAGUCGGAGAGCCUGUUCCUGGCGUCGCAUGCUAGUGGCCACCUGUACCUAUACAACGUCAGCCACCCCUGCGCCUCAGCCCCGCCCCAGUACAGCCUCCUGAAGCAAGGCGAGGGCUUCUCCGUCUACGCCGCCAAGAGCAAGGCGCCCCGCAACCCACUGGCCAAGUGGGCGGUGGGUGAGGGGCCCCUCAACGAGUUCGCCUUCUCGCCCGACGGCCGGCACCUGGCCUGCGUCAGCCAGGACGGCUGCCUGCGUGUCUUCCACUUCGACUCCAUGCUGCUGCGGGGGCUCAUGAAGAGCUACUUUGGGGGCCUGCUCUGUGUGUGCUGGAGCCCUGAUGGCCGCUACGUGGUGACAGGUGGCGAAGAUGACCUGGUCACCGUAUGGUCCUUCACGGAGGGCCGCGUGGUGGCCCGGGGCCACGGCCACAAGUCUUGGGUCAACGCCGUGGCUUUUGACCCCUACACGACUCGGGCGGAGGAGGCGACAGCAGCAGCCAACGGUGACGCGGAGCGGAGCGGCGAGGAGGAAGAGGAGCCUGAGGCCACGGGCACAGGCUCAGGCGGGGCGGUCCCGCUCUCCCCGCUGCCCAAGGCUGGCUCCAUCACCUACCGCUUCGGCUCGGCAGGCCAGGACACGCAGUUCUGCCUGUGGGACCUCACUGAAGACGUGCUGCACCCGCACCCGCCCCUGGCCCGCACCCGCACCCUCCCUGGCACGCCUGGCACCACACCGCCAGCUGCCAGCAGCUCGAGGGGUGGCGAGCCUGGCCCGGGCCCCCUGCCCCGCUCACUGUCCCGCUCUAACAGCCUUCCGCACCCGGCGGGCGGUGGCAAGGCAGGUGGCCCUGGUGUGGCCACGGAGCCAGGUACCCCGUUCAGCAUCGGCCGCUUUGCCACACUCACGCUGCAGGAGCGGCGGGACCGCGGGACCGAGAAGGAGCACAAGCGCUACCACAGCCUGGGCAACAUCAGCCGGGGCAGCAGUGGGAGCGGUGGCGGUGGGGACAAGCCCAGCGGCCCGGCCCCCCGCAGCCGCCUGGACCCCACCAAGGUGCUUGGCACCGCACUGUGCCCACGCAUCCACGAGGUGCCCCUGCUGGAGCCCCUCGUGUGCAAGAAGAUCGCCCAGGAGCGGCUCACGGUCCUCCUCUUCCUGGAGGACUGCAUCAUCACCGCCUGCCAGGAGGGCCUCAUCUGCACCUGGGCCCGGCCGGGCAAGGCGUUCACAGACGAGGAGACCGAGGCCCAGACAGGGGAAGGAAGUUGGCCCAGGUCACCCAGCAAGUCAGUGGUAGAGGGCAUCUCCUCCCAACCAGGCAACUCCCCGAGUGGCACAGUGGUGUGAAGCCCUGGAUGUCGGGGUCCCCCACCCAUGCCCCCAGCCUUCUAGCCAUAACCCUCCCCGCGACCUCACGGAUCGACGUAUUAACAAGACUAACCAUGACUGAUGGACUGCUCCGGUCCCCUGCCCUGUGCAAAUUUUCGGGGUCCCCCAGACUCACCAAGACCUUGGGGGGAUGUAGUGGCCCUUGUGGCCUCAGCCUUGUCCCCACCCACUGCCAAGUACAAUGACCCCUUCCUCUGAAACAUCAGUGUUACCCUCCUCCCUGUCCCCAGCAUGUGACUGGUCACUCCUAGCAGGGAAACUCCCCACCCACGAGAGCCCCAGCUCUGCAGCGCGCCCUCGGUUGAGAGGCCGGGGCAGGGGGUGGCCCACCCCUCGCCUGGCCCCCGCCCCCCUCCCUUGCUAUUGUCUGUGCUUUUGAAGAGUGUUAAAUUAUGGAAGCCCCUCAGGACCUUCCCUGUCCCCCAGGACCUCUUAUUUAUACUAAAGUUCCCUGUUUUCACAGCGCUCUGUUCCCUUUGGAGGUGGCAUAGAGGACGUGUGUGUGCUUUGCUGUCCUAAAAUCAGCCCACUUUAACCAAAGGAAGAGGGCAGGCUGCCUCCCCGGCCUGGCAUCUCCCGCCCACUUUUAAUAGCAGGAAAAGUUGAAACCCGGGGAGGGAACGGAAGGGACGAGGGCAAGGCACAAAGCUGGUGACCGAGUGCCAGCGGGCCCUUGGAAAGCAGAAAAGCAUCCCUGUCCCCAUUGUCUCGAGAGGAGAGGGCAGCCAGGCCCCCCCUUCAGAGUCAUGUCAAAACUCCAAAUCAGGUACUCCAGGGGCCUGUGGGAGGUCCCAGUCUUCGUGUCCUGGUGCCUCAGGCGUGACCCCGCCGAGGCCCAGGUGCCUGGAGCCAGCUGGAGGCCAUGAUUUCCACUCGGGAGAACUGUCCACCCAGGAAAGAAAAGCUAAAGUCCCUCCUGGCUGGCGGGAGCUUUGGGGAGUGGUGUCUUCCUGCUCCACCCUCCGCCCCCCCGAAAUGUUUCUGUUUCUAAUCCCAGCCCGGGCAGGAAUGUGGCUGCCCGGCCAGGGGCCAAGAAGCUAUUUUGGGGUCUCCUUUGCCUGGGGGGGGCCUGCUCCACCGCUUGCCUCUGCCAGGCUUUGGGCAGCGGGUCACCCCUGGUUCUGGCUCCUGUGGGUGUCCCCUCCCAAUCCUCUCCUCACCCUCCCUUCCCCACCUCCUG